AUGGAUUGGACUGUCAAACGUACCGGGAUUCGACCUCCGCCCCGUGCGCACUCCGUAGCCACACCUUCGGCGGCGGGAAGUCCAUCCCCCAUGAACUUCUUCCCCGAUUCUCAGGCAUCCACCUCCACUCUCCUGACCACAUCUGAAUCCUCGACAUCCUCUGUCGGCCAUGGCACCAAGAGACGCAGAGUCAGAAGCAUCAGCCCGGACGACAAUACCCAGGGUCAAGCGCAACCCACCGGCACCACGCAACACCGAUACACGACCGUCAAUCAUCGCCCUGCCGUCGCCUCCCCGCUGGCAACCAGCCCUCCCAUCGUCCCAGAAUCGAGUCAACGUCCUUCUGCGAUGGUGAUUGGUCAAAUUCAAAAUCGUCACCACGGCUUGCAGGACCUCACCUCGCAUCAUCGUCAGAACUCCCUCGACAUGGCCGUUCCCGAGUUGGAUCCGGAGGUGGCGUCGCUUGCCAGAAACUACCUUGCCGACAACUUCCUUGAACCUUCUUUCGAUAUGUCCGGGUUCGGGGAUGGUAACGGGGCUGGGAACCAGUUUGGUAAUGGCGGUCUAGGCCAGUACAACGGCGGCGGUAGUGAUCAGCACGGAUAUAGUCAGGUCGGAACUAGUCGAGAUGGUAAUGGCGGCGGUGAUUGGAACGGAUUUAGUCAAGCUUUGCCUGGUGGAAGGGUUGGAGAGAAUGAUUACAGUCAGGACGAAUACAUGCAGGACCAAUCGCAACACGCUCACUGGGCCCAGCAGCAAUAUCAAGAUCAUGACGGCAUUUUGGGGUCCUAUGGCGACAAAGGGAAAUCUCGUCAGCCCGCCAACUUCAAUGCCCAGGACUCGCCUUAUUACGACAACGACUACGCACAUUAA